CUAUAUCUGGUCUCCCACAGACCAUGCAUUGACUAUAUCUGGUCUCCCACAGUACACAGAACAUGGAAAUGCAAUUAUUUUAGUAAAUAUAAACUGCUAAAUGCCUUUUCUCAUCAGCAGUUAGAGCAGUCUUGUGACUUCUAUCAGUGUUCAGCAGAGCCCUGGUUAAAGUUUGUAGGAAGAGUUUUCUUUCUGCUCUAGGAGGAUGCAAAACCCCUGGCCUCUGUCUGGAGAGUGCUGAUUGGCCCUGUGCUGAUCACAUGCAUUCUCCCAAGAAAAAAAAAAAACUUCUCCAGUAAUACACACUAACCUGAGCAU